AUGGUCAAGCCCCCCGUUCAGAUGAUUCUGGAAUCACCGUUACAUCAUCCAAGCGCCAGAGGUAUUCAAAAAUUUGCUCGACAAGGUCGAUCGCUUGGCGCAUCUCAAAUGAUGCGUCAAGACUACACAAGUCAAGCAGAUGCAAAUCAAGUUGCCCCUAGGCAGUCUUCGUUGUACUGCAAACCUGCGGCUAGACAACACGUCCAACAACCGGCUCUGUCAUAUCAUGGAAUAGAUGACAAGCGGUACCAACGCGGAACCACGCUGCUUGGUGCAUCCUGGAUUGUUGACCCCGAUAACAAGACGCGGAAGCUAAGCUAA